GUCGAUUCCUUACAUCCACACGACACCAGAACAGCCUCAAGUCCUUCUCGUUCUCGGCGUGCGUCCUGUGCGUGGCCGGCCGGCUUGUGCGGCGCGGUGCGGUACGUGUUGCUACUUCGAACAUUGGUCAAAAUGCGGGCGGGAAGGGGCCUUUAUGUGUAUAUACACAGAGAGACCGAUGCACGCCACGCCACGCCAGGCCACGCCACGGUCCGCUCACGCACCCACGCACGUAUCAAGUCAACCAGCAUAUGGCCAAAAGCCUGCCUAGAGCUAGGGGAGGGAGGUAAGGAGGCAGGGCCACCGAGCUCACUGUGCAGACACACACUCACACACACACACACACUCUGCCACUGCACCACCACCACCCUAUGUGUGCAAGUAGGCAGGAAAAUGUACAGGCCCACAAGGAGGGGGUCCUUGCUCGUCCACACGAAAAUGUAUGGAUGCAGCACAUGGAAAGAAACAAAACCAGAGACACGCAAACAGCGCACGAAGGCCUGCAAAGUGGGUUAGACAGAGCCGUGCCGUCACAGAGUCAUGGGCCGGCCGAGGGCGGAGGGAUCGGCGGGGGGAUGAUGAGCGGCACCUGGUGGUACCCUGCCGCAGCCUGCUCCAUCCCCCCUCCUUGCCCCAUCGGGCCAUCCAUCGCGGCAGGAUGGAACUGCCCGACCAUGCUGCCUGACUCAUGGUGAUACACGCCCCGACUCGAGUAGGGCUCCUGCGCGUGACCGUUGAUCGGGCCGGGGGACCACUCCUGCAUCGGAUGCACCUCAGAUGAGGUCCGAGAGGCAGGAGGGCUGGGGUGCAGCGGCUGCCUGUAUGGGCCACUGCCCCCAUCGUCGACAGGCCGGUACCGGGCCGCAUACCCGCCCCCCCUCGGCCCACCUCUUCCCCCCCUACUGCGGAAGCAGGGCGGCCGGGAAAAUCCGUCCUUGUGAUGGUGGUAGGGCGUAUACGAUGGCACGAACGGCAUGGACACGCCGUCGACGCCGCCGGGCGACACAGCGUGCAGAGGCAGGUCUCCCUGCCAUGGACACGGAGGGGCGGCGCCGAGCAGGGAGGGCCUGCCAUUGGCCAUAGGGUGAGGGGGGCUGUGUGGCGGGGGAGGGAGGCACGGACGAGCGUAGGGGCCCAUGAUGGCGGGGUCGUGGAAGUGAGACUCGUCGUGGCAAAACCUACAGCUGAACUCAUACCUAACACACAGACAGACAGACAGACAGACAGACAAGUGGAGGGAUGUCUGAGUGAGUAUGCCACCCAUGUCUGUGUUACUGUGGCCCUUGUUUGUGUCUCUGUCUCUGACCUGCAAGUGGUGUGGGGGUUGAAGAAGAAGUUGCAGGGGCGGCAGCGGCCCUCCUCGUGGAGCAUCACGACGUCUAUCGACUGACACGGCCGCUGCAGCAGCUCACCCCCAACCUUCGAACCCGGCACUUCACACAAUAGCACGCACACACGGAAGCGUGCACUCCACUCCCUCGUCAUAAAACCAUGCAGAUAUCGCCAUCGCCAUCUAUCGCUUACCUCCGUUACGCAUGUAGCUCCUCUCCAUUUGUCCGCGUGGCGAGCCGCCGGGCGCCCGCUGCGGCAGCUCCAGCACCCCAUCUGCCUCCCGCCCCGCCAUGUCUGCCUCGCCCGACUGUGAGUGUGGGGGCAGUGAGGGGUCGCUGCUCGCUGGCCCCUCGUCACCCACCACCUCCUGCGGCCAGGGCGUCUCAGGCGACCCACCCAUCCCCUCGAGCUCUCGCGUCCCGAGCCUGCAGGCACAACCAGCAGCAGCAAGGGGAAGAACGUACCCGAAGGCAUGUGCAAGGAUGUCGUGUGUCUCGUCGUUACGUGUGGAGAGUGGCGUAUGGCACGGGGGCGCCGGGGCCAGCGAACCGCGAACAGUCGAGCUCCCGCGUCGCCUGGCCUGCAAGAAGGGAAAGUGACAAUGGAUGGAAACAUGUCAUGUCUCCUCCCCCAUCCACUCCUCCCUCACGUGAGGAGAAUUCAUCGGCAGGCUCCUGCUCGCUCACGUCAAGCGAAGGCACGCUCAGCUGCAGAUCAGGACCCUGACCGACCAGACCAGGAACAGACACGAUUUCUUGCGGCGUCACUCAGAGUUCCCGCGUACCUUCGAAUAGGGCCGGCGUGUGGCGGUUUCGAGUGCAGUGACCAUCUCAGCAGACUUCUCCCUCUCUAGGCCCACGCAACACCCCACCACAGCACCGUUAACGCCACCAACAACACCAGCCUGGCCGGCCUGACAGCUGGUCGCCCGGCAGGGCGACCACAGCUCGUCAGUAGCCCCACCCCCUCCCCCUCCCUUACGCAUCGACACGGACGGCGGGGCCGAGGCGGACCGAUGCGAUGCUGCCUGCCCAUCGACGUGGAUGAAGGUGGCUCUGCACAUCGACAGAUUCCGCUCCAUCAGGGCAUCCAGCGACGCAAACGACGAUGACUCGUCCGACACAAAGCCGCGAGGGGCCGCUGACGGAGCCGCUGCGGCCUUCACCUGGGAGAAGGGAAAAUGCAUCUCGCCGUUCCUCCACUGCCGUCGGUAAGACCCUCCACGGCCGCCAUAGCGCUUGAAGGGGAAGGGGGGCCGCGAGUAGCCGCCAGAGAAGCCGUAUUGGCCGCCGCCCCCAUACCCGUCCCUCCGAGGCCGCCAAUGUGACAUCGUCAGCCAAGAAAAAUAGACUCCACCGAGAGAGCGGCUCCUGACAGUCACUGGCAGCCGGAUGAGACGAGUGCCGACGCAUGCAAUGCCAUGGUCUCCGUCGUCAUCCUCAGCUCAAUCGCAAGCGGCUUGCGUGGCAUGGCAAAACGUCGAGGAGAAAUCUCUCGAUAGUCCCAAGGCGAGAGGAGACCAAAACGGGGCUUCAGGGACUUCAGGGGCUUCGGAGAGACGACGAAAA